CGGUUUGAUUUAUUAGAUAAAAGAAAUAGCUUGGAAAAAUAUUUUAGUUUGAAGCUCUUUUAUUGAGAUUUGAUUGCUUGUUCUCUAAAUAAGUUACCAGUUAUGCAAAAUUUCAAACUGAAAAAAAAUGGAGAGUUUUUGAGAUUUUACCCAGAGAUGAAUCCAAAAAAUCUGGUAUUUCUGCUGGUUGCUUCUCUGCAAAUUUGGAGCAUAGCAGCACUGACUAACAAUGCUGAUUUGACUGUGCUGAAGGCUGUUAUGGAUAUGUGGGAAAACCCACCACCUAGCUGGGAAGGUACAGAUCCUUGUGGAGACCAAUGGGAUGGCAUAAAGUGCAUCAAUUCACGUGUGACUUCCAUAACAUUGUCAAGCAUGGGAUUGAAAGGACAGUUGUCUGGAGAUAUCACAAACUUGCCAGAAUUACUGAUUCUGGAUCUAUCAUACAACAAAGACUUGCGAGGACCUCUUCCAGCUUCAAUUGGGAAUUUGAAGAAGCUAAGAAACCUAAUUCUCCUUGGUUGUAGUUUCUCUGGUCCAAUCCCCAGUUCAAUUGGAUCAUUGCAACAGCUGCUUUUUUUAUCCCUAAAUUCUAAUGGCUUCAGUGGACCAAUUCCACCCUCAAUUGGCAAUUUAUCUGAACUUUAUUGGUUGGAUCUAGCUGACAAUAAGCUUGAUGGGAGCAUCCCAGUCUCCACAGGCACUACCCCUGGCCUUGAUAUGCUAGUUAAAACAAAACACUUUCAUCUUGGAAAGAAUCAGCUCUCUGGAGAAAUCCCACCUAAACUUUUCAGCUCCGACAUGACUCUCCUACAUGUGCUUUUUGAUGACAACAAGCUCACUGGAAGUAUUCCUUCUACACUUGGCCUCGUGCAGACUUUGGAGGUUAUACGCUUUGAUAGGAAUUCGUUGACUGGACCUGUCCCUUCAAACCUGAACAAUCUUACUAGUGUCAGUGAGUUGUUUUUGUCCAAUAAUGGAUUGACUGGACCUCUUCCCAACCUCACUGGGAUGAGUUUUCUCAGUUAUCUGGAUAUGAGCAAUAAUAGUUUUGAUGCAUCAGAUUUUCCUCCUUGGACUUCUACCUUACAAUCAUUGACAACAUUAAUAUUGGAAGGGACACAACUUCAAGGACAAAUUCCGAGUAGCUUCUUCAGCCUUGCCAAUUUACAGAAUGUGGUUCUAAGUAACAACAGACUCAAUGGCACUUUAGAUAUUGGAACAGUCAACAGUGGCCAACUACAACUCAUUGAUUUGCAAAGCAAUUUCAUCUCUGACUAUACUCCACAACCCGGACAAAAUCAAGUUUAUGUAAUACUUGUGAACAACCCAGUUUGUCAGGAAACAGGAGUAAAAGCAAGUUUCUGCACUGAUUUGAGGCCUAAUUCUUCCUAUGUGACACUGCCAAAUAAUUGUGUGCCUGUUCCCUGUGGUUCAAAUAAGAUUUCCAGUCCAAACUGCAAUUGUGCAUAUCCAUACACUGGAGUUCUAGUUUUCAGAGCUCCUUCAUUCUCAGACUUGGGAAACAUAAACGUUUACGUUUCUCUCCAGAAGGAUCUGAUGGAUUCCUUUAAGUCCAAUCAACUUCCCGUGGAUUCAGUUUCUCUAAGUAAUCCGAGAAAGGAUUCAUCCGAGUACUUAGAUUUAAAUCUUCAAGUCUUCCCAUCUGAGAAAGAUAAUUUCAAUAGAACGGUUAUUUCUGAGAUUGGGUUUUUAUUAAGUAACCAGACUUUCAAGCCUCCAGAUUUCUUUGGACCUUAUUAUUUUAUUGCAGAUGCUUAUCAGUACUUUGCUGGAGAGGCUACAGGAUCAAACAACUCAUCAAACACGGGCAUUAUCAUUGGAGCUGUUGUCGGUGGUUCUGCCCUUGUACUAUUACUGCUCCUGGCAGGGCUUUAUGCCUACCGUCAAAAGAAGAGAGCAGAAAGAGCAACUGAGCUGAACAAUCCUUUUGCAAACUGGGAUUCAACUAAGAGCAAUGGUGCUGGUGUUCCUCAACUAAAAGGCGCCAGACUCUUUUCCUUCGAAGAGCUUAGAAAAUACACAAAUAAUUUUUCAGAAGCAAAUGAUAUUGGAUCAGGGGGUUAUGGAAAGGUAUAUAGAGGAACCCUUCCCAAUGGAGAAUUGAUUGCCAUAAAACGAGCUCAACAAGAAUCAAUGCAAGGUGGGCUAGAAUUCAAAACUGAGAUUGAACUUCUAUCAAGAGUGCAUCACAAAAAUCUUGUAAGCCUUUUGGGAUUUUGCUUCGAUCGUGGUGAGCAAAUGCUCGUCUAUGAGUUUGUGCCGAAUGGGAGUCUCAGUGACAGUCUUUCAGCAGGAAAGUCAGGAAUCAGGUUGGAUUGGGUAAGGAGACUUAAGAUAGCCCUUGGUGCAGCAAGAGGUCUGGUGUACCUGCAUGAGCUUGCAAAUCCUCCCAUUAUCCAUAGGGACAUAAAGACAAACAACAUACUCCUGGAUGAACGCUUAAAUGCAAAAGUUGCUGAUUUUGGGCUCUCCAAGCCUAUGAGCGACACUGAAAAGGGUCACAUUACCACUCAAGUCAAAGGGACAUUGGGUUAUCUGGAUCCAGAAUAUUACAUGACUCAGCAAUUAACUGAGAAAAGUGAUGUCUAUAGCUUCGGAGUUGUGAUGCUGGAGCUACUAACUGGAAGAAAGCCAAUAGAACGUGGAAAAUACAUAGUGAGAGAGGUGAGGAUGGCAAUGGAUAGAACAAAAGAUUUAUAUAACCUCCAUGAACUUCUUGACCCAGGCAUUGGUCUAGAAACAACAUUAAAAGGUCUGGAUAAGUUUGUUGAUCUUGCAAUGGAGUGUGUAAAAGAGUCAGGAGCUGACAGGCCUAUGAUGGGGGAUGUGGUGAAAGAGAUAGAAACUAUCUUGCAGCUUGCUGGUUUAAAUCCCAAUGCUGAAUCAGCAUCUACUUCAGCAAGUUACGAGGAAGCAGGCAAGGGAAGUACUCAUCCUUACAACAAAGAGUCCUUUUAUUAUAGUGGGGCAUUUCCACCUUCAAAGCUGGAGCCUAAAUGAGCAUCAUUGCUCUUAUAUUUUGCACUUGCUCACAGUUUGAAAAUGUUUGAAGAUCACUGGAACAUCUGUUGUGAUUUCUCUUCUUCUUGUGUGGAACUUGUAAUUAUUUAAAACUGUAAAUGAAUUCUUUGCUUGUGAAUAUUUAGCAGAAGUUUUGCA